ACCCUAUCAGUCCUGAUUCUCUUGAAGGAAGAGUCGUGGUCACUUUACUUUACUUUACUUUCUAGACUCUUCUUUCUAACUCCGUGUCCCCACGCGCGCUCUAAUGACGACGCCAUCUCCUCUCCCUCCUCCGCCUACGGUGAAUCUCUGGGUGGUCUUAUCGGAAUCAAAACGCAUAAUCAACGCCCACUCACGCCACUUCCUCGCUCUCUCCGUCCUCUUCCUCCUCCCCCUCUGCUUCUCCGUCACCGUCUUCCCCUCCGUCUCCCGCCUCAUCCUCGACCAAUCCUCCUCCCCUCACCACAACAGCGUCUCCCUCCUCCGCAACACACUCCACCACCACCACGACGCCACCAAGACCCCCCUCCUCCUCCUCAUCGCUUACAUCGCCGUCGUCGCCGUCCUCAACCUCCUAGCCAUCGGCUCAAUCUCCUACAGCGUCCACCAGGGAUUCUACGGACGGCCGGUGAAACUCGUCUCCGCCGUCAGAUCCAGCUUCUCCUCCUUCCUCCCUCUCCUCGCCACUCUAAUCACCUCCAACCUCAUCGUACUCUCAAUUUUCUCGAUCCUAGGGUUUACAGCUCUCUUACUAACCCGCGUCGUAACCGUAAUCUCGCUCGAUCACGCUUCGCCAGCUGUCAUAUUCAUCUCACUCGCGGUCGUAGUCAAACUCUACGUGUACUGGAUCCUCUCCUGGGCCGUGGUAGUCGUGGAGUCUUCUUGGGGGCUAACGUCGCUGAAGAGAAGCAGAACCUUAAUCAAAGGGAUGGAGAGCGUUUCUCUCUCUAUGAUCCUCCUCUUCGCUGUGGCUCAGGCGAGUUUCGUCUGGGUCAGCGCCGUGGCCACUUACGAUGAUGGGAAGCUGUGGACGAGUGCUUUCUUCGUGGUGGUCCAGAUCGUGGUGACGUCUGCGGUUCUAACGGUUCUGAUGCUGUAUUACGUGGCGGCGACCACCGUGAUGUAUAUGUACUGUAAAGCGGUUCGCGGGGAGCUUGCUUGGGAGAUUGCUGAGGAGUUUGCGAGAGAGUAUGUGAGUUUGCCGUUUGAUGAUGGUAAAGUUCCUCACUUGGUCUCUGUGGCUUACGACAACAACAACAAUCACGUCUGAUGGAUGAUGAAGUGUGAAGGUGUCAGUGUUUGAAGUUUUUGUAAUAAAGCUAGUUUGUGUAUUGGAUCUUGUUUAGUGUUUGACUGAAUCGGACAGGGUUUGUGUUUGUUCUUGGGAAUUUUUAGCUUUAGUAAUGUCUAUGAUGGAACUAUGAAUGAUAUAAGUUUUAUGGCUA